UUAAUCAUAAUUCUUUGUGAGACGAGGGCCUGAUCUACGUGUAUCGCUAGUGGAAUAGGAUGGAUCUGAAGAGUGGCCCCGCGCAAGGCCUUGCCAAGGCCACGGCAGACCUCACAGCUACCAUGCAUGGCUAUAGCGCUAGGCGAUAUACGCGUUUAAAAAUGCAUUAAAGAUAAAUCACUUCAAACAUCAUGGCUAACUAUUACGCUGGGGAUCCAACGGUAUUAUGGAUUGUCAUAAUCGGUUUCAUCAUCUCAUUCGUGCUCGCCAUGGGUCUCGGUGCCAACGACGUCGCCAAUUCCUUCGGUACCUCUGUCGGCGCCAAGGUACUGACGCUCUACCAGGCGUGCGUGGUGGCGGCCAUCUUUGAAACCGCCGGCGCCAUACUGCUUGGCUACAGGGUGUCGGAUACAAUUCGAAAGGGAAUAUUUGACCCUCUACUCUACAAUGGAAGAGACGAGCUUCUCCUAGUUGGAAAUCUAUGUGCUUUGGCAGGCUCCUGUAUAUGGCUCUUUACUGCCACCAUUUUCAGUGUUCCCGUUUCGGCGACACACAGCAUUGUUGGCGCUUCUUUGGGCUUCCAUAUGGUAGUCUUCGGAGGAGUUGGGGUCAACUGGAAUGUCGUUGUCGUCAUUGUUAUCUCCUGGUUUCUCUCGCCCGUUCUCUCUGGUAUCAUUUCGUCUUGUAUCUAUGGCCUUCUCUAUGUCACCGUCUUGAAAAGGGACAAUCCUUUGGACUGGGGUAUUUACACUGUUCCAGUCUGGUACUUUAUUCUCAUCUUUGUCAACUUCUUUUCCAUAUUCUACGGAUCAUCACUAUUGUUCGGAUUCGAUGAGUUAUGGAUCGUUAUGGUGAUCUCAAUUGGAGGCGGAUUGGUUAUUGCUGGAUUUGGUUACUUCUUUAUCAUACCCUGGAUUAAAAAUAGAGUUACAAAAAUGAAGGAACAGGAGAAACUAGAAUUAGCUGAGGAAGGUCAGUCCCAGAAUGAUCAAGAACAAGAGACUGAAUUAAAAGAAGGUUUGCCAAAUGGAAACUGUGAUGGUGACGCCACCUCGUUAGAAAAGAAAAAUCCUGACGACCCUGACGCCAUUUUGGUCCCAGAACAUCCGAUAGCAAACGGCUUGUCUGCUGAAUUCACCAAUGGAAUGGCUAAUCCUGCUUACAAGACAUCGGAAACAGUUGAGAUGGACAUCAACUCUGAAGAUGAGGAUAGUUCCGAUAAAUGGCUCGUUAAGAAGGGCUCUAAAGAGUGGGAAUCAGUCAAAGAUUCGAUUGAAGUUCGCGCCAUUUGCUCCCCGCUGCAGGUUGUAUCAGCCUGCUUCGCCGCUUUCUCACAUGGAGGCAACGAUGUCAGUAACGCCAUCGGACCCCUGAUCAGCAUCUGGACCAUUUUUACCACCGGUUCCGUGGACCAGGAGACAAUAACCCCUGUAUGGAUUCUUCUUUACGGAGGUGCAGGCAUCUCACUCGGUCUAUUCCUAUUCGGCCGUCGCGUCAUCAAGACAAUCGGUGAAGACCUCACUCCAAUGACCCCGUCAAAUGGCUUCUGUGUCGAGCUCGGGUCAGCUUCCACGGUACUACUAGCAUCGAACCUCGGAAUCCCUAUCUCAACUACCCAUUGCCAGGUUGGUUCUGUCUGUGGUGUUGGCUGGCUGAGGACGCGAAAGGCUGUUGAUUGGCCUUUGUUCUCAGGGAUCUUCUUCGCCUGGGUGGUGACCCUCCCUGCCACCAUGAUGCUUAGUUCAGGUUUGAUGGGGUUCCUGCAGCAUGCCGUUCCUGGAAGCUGUGAACUGAUUCCUAUCCCUGUCAUGAACACUACUACAACCGCCAUGGCAUCGACCCUUGGACUGAUCUAAGUUAAUAUGCAAUAUCCUGAUGGCUGUAGAUUAUGGUCAAAAGUUCGGAGGCUUCCUGAUGGAACGAUGGUUACUCAUCUGCCAGGCUAUAGAUUCGAAACCAACUUGAUGUCCUCGCGUCUCGUUUUAUAAUAGGCCUACUGGAGGCCUACGUUCGCUACUGCCACAAUUUCGUAGGUAUUUCACACUCUAUAAUCUGCCAAUCCGGAUGAUGUAUUUUCUAUCCCCAUGGUAAUCAUAGACAUUGUCAAACUAAACUAUUCUACUGAUAUGUGAUUACAAAUCAAAUUGCCCUUCGUAGCUUUUACUUGGGGUGUCCGAAAUAUGAAAUGUAUUGCACACUUUAGUACAAGGUUAUUUUUUUAAUAUUUUAUAAAGUGUGAUUUUAUAAAGAUCAUGGCAUUGCUAAAUUAUUUAUCCUCUAAGGAUGUUUUUUUAGAACAGGGUUGUUUCCUUUUGUUGAAAAGUCCACAAGGCUUAUAAUAAGCCUCAUGUCAAAAUUCUAUCGAAAUCUAUGUCUUAAAAUGAGUCUCUCUAAAUCAUAUGCAGUAAUGUAUAUUUACUUGUUUAAAGCACAUGCAUCAAUUAAAAUAAGUACUUUCUGAAGAAAAAAACCCAUUAUCAUGAAAUGAUACAAUUUGUUAAAACUCUGAAAAUACCCCUUUUCUCUGAAUCAGUGUUUUUAUUUAGAGCAAAUCAUACAAAAAUGACUUAGUUGAAGGAUACUAUGUAAGUAGUCAAUGAAGUUGAUAAGGUACAAUUUCUUUAUUAGAUUCCAUCAUGCCCUUCAGUUGACUUCGUGUCUUUAUGAUUGUCAUGGUAAAAACACCCCUCUAAAGACUCUCUUAAACAAGUUCCGUCUAUUGGUUGUUUGCUCAUAACUAAUCCUAUUUUCAUAAGUAGCCAUGUAAUAUUAUACAGAUAUUGCCUACCUAGAGUUUGAAUAUAACAUUUCCUCUCCCCGACGGAUUUAUAUUUUUC